AUGAGUACAUCAGAUAGACUCAGCCAAGCAUCUUCACCGCUGUUACAAGCAGAGAUCUUUGAUGAGGAGAAGCAGGGUUCUCCUUCUUUCAUCGCAAAGCUUGAUUACAUGCUCAAGGACACAACGGUCUCUCCAUACAUAUCGUGGUCGCCAUGUGGAGAGAAGAUCGUAGUCUUUGACGCGUCCUCGUUCUCAACUAAAGUUCUAUCCCGGUAUUUCAAACACAGCAAUUUCACGUCCUUUGUCCGUCAACUGAACUUGUACGGAUUCCACAAAGCAUCGCUCGACAAUGGAGCCUGUGAAUUCUCACAUCCAAUCUUCAAGAGAGGGAAUGAGCAUCUUUUCAAGGAUAUCAGGCGUAAGAUCCCUUCUGGAAACGAUCGAGAGUUACAGGUUGCACGUGCCGAAAUCGAGCAGAUGUCUGUGUACGUACAAGAGUUGAGGUGCAUGAGCAUUUGCACACGUUGA